GGGCUUCAGCUAUGUGGACCUGGUGGAGGGGCUGCGAGAUGGGCGCUUCUACGCCCUGAAGCGCAUCCUGUGCCACGACAAGGAGGACCGCCAGGCUGCCCUGCACGAGGUGGAGAUGCACAGUCUCUUCGACCACCCCAAUAUCCUGCGCCUGGUGGCCCACUGCAUGGUGGAGAAGGGUGCCAAGCACGAAGCCUGGCUCCUCCUGCCCUAUGUGAAGGGGGGGACCCUCUGGAGUGAGGUGGAAGCACUACGAGGGAAAGGGACCUUCAUGCCAGAGCAGCGAAUCCUCCUCAUCCUCCAUGGCAUCUGCCGUGGGCUGCAAGCCAUACACAGCAAGGGCUAUGCUCACAGGGACCUCAAGCCUACCAACGUGCUGCUGGAUGAGGGUGACCAGCCCGUGCUGAUGGACCUGGGCUCCAUGAACCAAGCUCGCAUUGAAGUAAACAGCUCUCGGGAGGCCAUCCAUGGCCGUGACUGGGCUGCCCAACGCUGCACCAUCUCCUACCGUGCCCCUGAGCUCUUCACGGUGCCGAGCCAGUGCGUCAUAGAUGAGCGCACAGAUAUCUGGUCCCUAGGCUGCGUGCUGUACUGCAUGAUGUUUGGGGAGGGCCCCUACGAUGCCAUCUUCCAGAAGGGCGACAGCGUGGCUCUCGCGGUGCAGAACCCCAUCGCCAUGCCCCCCACGACUAGGUACUCAGCUGCCUUGCAGCGCCUGCUCUCCUCCAUGAUGACGGUGAACCCCCAGGAGCGACCCAGCAUAAAUGAUGUCCUCCAUCAGCUGGAGGGGCUGCAGCCAGCGCCAGCGGGCCAGGACACCACGCAGAUCUGA